AUGCCGGGACCCGAGGCGCUCCUCGCCCUCUUGGCCGCGCCUGUCCUCCUGGCCUUGGCCCUUGUCAUCUCUGGCCCGUGGAGGCUCUUGGACGCCCGAGUGCCGCUGAGCUUAAUGCAGGAGCUGGAACGGCGGCAGACGGAUCUGAGCCGCUUGGCCGCCGCUGCCCGGGCGCGGGACGCUCCGGCUCUCCCUCCGGGCGCCCUGGGCUGCGCAGAGCUGCACGGCGUGGCGGGCGUGAGCUUGGCCGGCUCCGGCAUCACCAAGGUGGUGCUGAGGGCCGCCGUGUCGCCCGGCGGCGAGGAGAUCGCCCUGAAAGCCGUGCACUGGGCCGGCAGCGACGUGAGCCGCUGCCUACAGCGCUACCGGCACCAGGAAGGUUGCUACCGGCUCGCCUCUUACAAGCUGCUCAAAGAGGCGGUUUUGCUGCAGAGCCUCGAUCACCCCGGCGUCGUCAAGAUGCGUGGUCAAUGCUAUGAUAGACGCUUAGGUCUUGAAAUGAACGUGGUCACCAUGCUGGAGUUGGGAACACCUUUAGAGAUGAUUCGGCUUCUGCAGACCCCCUGGGAAGAGAGAUUUAAAAUUUGCCUGGAGUUGGUAGAACUGCUCUAUUACUUGGCAAAUUCGCCUCUGGGCUCCAUUGCCCUUUUGGAUUUCCAGCCCAGGCAAUUUGUGAUAGUGAACGGGCUCCUGAAAGUUACAGACUUGGAUGAUGUGAGCACCGAAGAAUUGCCCUGCAAGGCCGAUGAGGACUGCGCACUGGAAUUCCCCACAAAAAGCUUCGCUUUCCAAUGUGCCGCGCAUGGGAAGUGUGAAGGAAUAAAUGAGAAAAGGAAUCUCUUCAAUGCAUACCGGUAUUUCUUCAUGUAUCUCUUGCCACAUACUGCCCCUUUCACUUUGCAACCCAUUCUGGCAGGUAUCCUGAAUGCCACAGGUGAUUUGCGAUACGGAGCAAAUGAAACCCUGAGAGCUUUUCAGAAAGUUUUGCAUUUGUACAAGUCUGGACUUUACCUGCAGAAAAAGCCUUCUCAUUUAAAAGAGUACAUUGUCUUAAAGGGAUUCCGUAAUAAGGAUACAGAGGACUACAAGUGCUGGCCAUCUUAUAGCCAUUUGGGAUGCAUGAUCUCUGUUCACAAUGCAGAGGAAGCGGCGGACAUUUGCAGUUCGCAUCCACAGUGCCACCAUUUUAUCAUCACUCCACGGAGCACGUGGACAGGGCGUCUGCUCACUUUGUUUCAGAGCAAUUUGACUGACUUAAUUCCAGGUGGCAACAUGGUGGUUUAUGUUAAACGGCCUACAGCCUCAAGGGGAUUCCUCUGACAGCCUGGGAAAAUACAGACAUAGGACAAGGAAGAAUGAAGGAACAGUCCCUAGGACUAAUUUCACCCUCUCAAAGAGAUGGCACCCUUUGUUUCUGCUGUGGUAUGUUUCCCCAGGACAACUUGGUCUGAGUCAAAAGGUGCCAAUUCAGUGAUUAAAGCAAACCUUCCCUGGGUAAGAUGCCACCCAACCCAGAAUUACCUUGCCAA